AGACUUUUCUCUCCAUAACUCAAAUUUUCUGACAUCAUAAUCAAAAUUCGAACAGUUUUCCUGAUAAAUUGGGUCUAAAAAUCUUGUUAAUACGUGUUUUGCAGGCCUUAUUAUUAAUUCGAAUGAUUAAUGAUGCGUCAUCCAAACCUUUCGAACGUCUUUUUCGAACGUUUUCGAGAAAAUCUAAAGAAUUUCAAAAGAAAGACACUCUCAUAACAAUGUCGUCUGUGGCAGGAUCAAAGCGUCGAAUUGACAAUAAGUCGUGCAAAAUCAAGUACAAAGCUCUUAAAGCGUUGGAAAAGGGUACUGCGCCAAAGGAUGUGGCAAAAGAGUUCAAAAUUCCUCCAAGCACCCUGUCAACUUGGAAAAAAAAUAAAGAAAAGAUUUACAAGCAGUUUAACAACGGGCAAACAUCGAAGAGAUCAAAGCCAGAAAAAUUCGAAGAUGUGAACAAAGCUGUUCAUAAAUGGUUACUUAUGAUGAGGAGUGAGAAUAUCCCAAUCAGUGGCCCGAUGCUGAAAGAGAAAGCUCUUGAGUUUGCCGAAGCGUUGGGUGUCGAGUCAUUUCAAGCUUCUCAGGGGUGGAUGGCUAAAUGGAAAACCAGGUAUGGAGUAUCCUUCAAAACCAUCGCUGGAGAAUCACGGUCCGUCACUGAGGAAAUGACAGCGCCAUGGUCGGAGACAACAUUACCAACCAUUCUCUCCCGCUAUCCUCUGGAAGACAUUUUUAACGCCGACGAAUUUGGGCUUUUCUUUCAAUGCCUUCCCAAUAAAACUUUGCAUAUGAAAGGUGAUAAGUGUUCUGGAGGAAAACACAGCAAAGUUAGACUUACUGGUUUAGCUGCUGGUAAUGCCUUGGGGGAACGAUUGCCAAUAUUUGUAAUCGGCAAGUCCGCCAACCCUCGUUGCUUUAAAGGUGUCAAAACACUACCCUGUCGAUACCGUUCGCAAAAGAAGAGUUGGAUGUCUGGAGAGCUGUUCGAAGAGUGGGUACGCGAGCUUGAUCGAAAAUUCUCUGUCUCUAAGCGAAAAAUUGCUUUGAUUAUUGACAAUUGUACCGCACAUCCUCAUGUUGAAAACCUGGAAUGGGUAGAAUUGAUCUUUCUUCCUCCAAAUACCACGUCCCGAACCCAACCUAUGGACCAAGGAAUUAUCCGCGCCCUGAAAGCAAAAUAUCGAUCGCUAGCAGUGCGGAAAUUGAUAAAAGCCUUGGACGAGGAAAAAUCGACUCCGAAGUUCUCGAUUCUUGCAGCUAUGUACAUGCUAAGGAAAGCAUGGGAUGAUGUUUCCAACAAAACAUUCACCAAUUGCUUUCGAAAAUCAGGAAUUUCCCAAAAGGAUGCAGAAAGAGCGAUCAACGAAGAUGACGACCCUUUUAAAAGUUUAACCAGCGAAGUAGAAGAAGACCCAAUUCCAACCCUCGAUGCUGAACUCUCUUACAUAAAACGAAGGUUUCCUGACCACAUUGAUCCUGACUUAUCAACUGAAGAUUUCAUUGAUUUUGACAUUGAAGUCAGUACAUCCCAUGGGCGUCUGAAGACUGCUGACAUCAUUGCUGAGAUCACUGGGACUCAAGACGAAGAAUUAGAAGAGGUCGAAGAAGAAGACAAGGAGGAAGAAGAUAAGAUCACAAGACCGACGGCCGAGCAAGUGCGUACAGCUAUCAACGUCCUCGAAGACUUGAGUAUUUUUUCACAUUUUGGAGAAGAAAUGAUAGCUUCCCUGAGGGACUUGAAUCGUAAUAUCGCCAAAGAUUUUGAUAUGAGUUGUAAGCAAACAGUUAUCACCGACUUCUUUUCUAAAUAAACAUUAAAAAAUUCAUUAAAAGUGUAUUGUUUUGACUUUCAUUAACCUAAUAGCCCCCUUAAAGUUAGACUUAAGAUUAAAUAUAACGUUUUUAUCCAGCUGGUUCACGUAAAGGGAGGAUAUUGCGCUAAAAGUUGAAAACCUCUACAACUCGAAUGUCUCCAUAACUCGAACGAUUUCCUUUUCCCCGUGGCUGUUCGAGUUAUGGAGACUCUACUGUAAUAGUAUGAAUAGAAUUUGAUUUAGCUAAUAUUGGGUAUAUUUUGACUCCUAAAAAGAAAUAGUACUCUAGCAUUUUUUUUUUUUGCAAAACAGUAAAAUUUGUUGAGUUAUUUCUAAAAGGUUUUAGUAAUUC